AUGAGUGGCGCCGAGUUCAAGAGUCUCGAAGAGAGCCUAGAGAAACAUCUACCCAAGGAAGACUACGAUGAAGUGCGAAGAAUUCUGUACGGCAAGAAUGUUGAGAAGCUCGCUUGUCCCGAAGCUGAGCGGCUCGCCGAAGCGGGCAAAUUUGAAUUCAAAGCUUACUCGCUCGCGCAUACUACUGCCCGAGAGCAAGGACGAAAGCCGAAUUUGGUCAGAAUCGGCCUCAUUCAAAACCACAUCCACGCUCCUACCGAUGCGCCCGUCGCGGAUCAAUUCGCCGCAAUCUACGCUCGGAUCGAAUCCAUCAUUGAAGCCGCUGCAGCUGCUGGUGUAAAUGUUCUUUGCCUCCAGGAAGCCUGGACGAUGCCCUUUGCUUUCUGCACCCGGGAGAAACAACCAUGGAUGGAAUUUGCCGAAUGCGCCGAGACUGGCAAAAGGAAUGGAUAUCAAUUUAUUUAA